AUGCACGAAUUCGUCAGAUUAAUCAACGCGUUUCUCGAAAUAAAGACGGCGGUAAGAGUGGCAUCGAGUACCCAGGAGAAGACAUGGUCUGUCAACUUGGCUCAUAAAGUGGCUAUAUCCAAUGGGUACCUGGAGACUGUAAGUCGACAAGCGCGACAUCCUCCCCAGCACGAUCCAGCGUAUUGGAUGGCCCAGAAAAGAUCCCCGUUCUGUCUACCUUACAUAUCUGAUGAUGUUGUGGGCAUUGAUGAUGUGCUGGACGACAGCACGUUGUUGUAA